UUUAAGCUGAAUUAUUAAAUCCGGGGUUAACAAAGCGCGCGCUGAUAUCCGGCUUCACCUGCCGUCACCUCGUGCCGGCUUCCGUACACGGACCGCACCGUGAUACCGAGCACGUGACGCGCGCGGCGUGACGGUACCCGGCGCGCGGGUUCGAGCCCGGGUUCGAUGACUAAACCCAGCUUCAAAGGCUCGGAGAACUGCGCGCGCACCCGCUCAGCACGUGAAGGGGAGGUAAUCGAGCACAGAGCAGAUGAGCUGUGACAGAGACGUCUACGCGAUGAAGAAACACGAGCGAGCUCAUUUCUUCAGCCCCAAAGAGCAGGAACUCAUCUUAAGGUCGUAUGAAGAAGAGAGAGAGAUCCUGACCGCCAAGUCCAACACGACCACGGCCUCCAAACUCCGAGAGGAAGCCUGGCAGAGGAUCGCAGACAAGAUCAACGCGGUGUCGGACAGCGGCUACAAGCGCUCGUGGCAGCAGGUGAAGGUCAAACAUAAAAACAUCGUUCAAACAGCCAAAAGAAGACGAGCCGAGGUGCCGAGGACAGAGGGCGGGUCCACAACGCCGUCCCUGACCUCGGCGGAGGACGACGUCCUGCAGCACAAAGACGGCGGGCUGAGGAUGGAGGUCGUGCCCGGAGGGGCGUGUAUUGAACCAUUGACGGGGUCGGACAGCUCCUUCAUCAGCGUCUCAGGCCACCCCGUCCUCCUCCUGCCCGUAACGAAGGCCGAACCAGAGAGCUCGAGCAGCGACGAGACGGACGUCAGCGACGCUCAGUUUGAAGCCGACGUGAACAGCAGCAGCUUCCAGGAGAAGACCAGCUCGGCAUGCGCGGCCUCGACCGGACUCAGGAGCGCUGAGAAACAGACCGAAGACUUACGAGCUCUUUACUGCUGCUACCUCAAGAAGGAGAUCGAGAACCGCGAGCAGCAGAUGGCGUUCAGAGCGCUGAAGAUGAAGAAGCUGGAGAAAGAAAUCUUAUUACUGGACAAACAGCUGAUGUGAAGACGUGUUUGAUAUUUAAAGUUCUGAAACAGUUUUUGAUUCGUUUAACGUCGGACAGGUUCAAUAAACCGCUUCAGUCAAAGGUCAUUUCAACCCUGAGGAACACGACUUCACAGAGGACUUCAAGGAGCGUGAGAUGGACCGGCGGGUCGGUGCGGUGUCGACAGUACCGCUGGACUGUUGUGGUUCAGAGUCCGUCUGCGUUCCAACCCUCAACGAUGGUCACAAGCUUUGGGUCAUGACUCGGACGGCUGAGGAGGUUCAACAUCUGGGGGAACCUCGGGAUCCUCCAGGAGGAGCUGGAACAAACCCGACCACGACCCGACCUGGAUAAGAGGAAGAACACGGAGAUGCCCCAUGAGGGUUCAGGGUAUGAAGGUCACCAGAUCUUUCUCAAUGUUUUCUUUGUUUGGACUCUUGUGGAGCUCCUGAACUCUUUGAGUUUGUCUCAGUUGGACCCAACAUGACCGGUCUACUUUUAUAUUUACACAGUUUAUCUGUAUUUUAAAUGAUAUUUAUAUUUUGUAUCAUGUUUUAGCUCUAGUUUAACUUUCACACUAACACAAAAUAUCACAUUUAUUUUUAAAUGUUUUAGCACUAAUUUGAGCUUUUUGUUGUUUAAAAU